UAUACAAAAAUAAUCAUUCAGAUCCAGAAGCGAGGAGGAAAUCUAAACUUGAUGCAGCGAUUGAAUUGCGAAAACAAAAAAAAGAAGAAUCUCUUAAUAAACGACGUACCUUAGCUACGAAUGCACCAGCAUCCCCUCCUCACAUUCAAUCAAAUUCUAAUACCUUGGAUAUUAUGCCAAUUGUUGAAAAUUUGCCACAAGCAAUAUUUUAUUUUGAAGAGUUAAAACAAGAAAGUCCUAAUGUAGAAAAAUUAUAUCAGGCAGUCUUAUAUCUGCGUAGAAUUCUAUCAAAAAACAAAAAUCCACCCAUUCAAGAAGUCAUCAAAUCAGGAGCAUUAGCUAAUUUAGUUUAUUUAUUGUUAUCAACUAUCCCAGAUAUACAAUUCGAAGCGCUUUGGGCAAUAACAAAUAUAGCAUCUGGUACUUCAGAUGAAACCCAAGCUGUUGUUGAUGCUGGUGCUUUACCGCCUAUGAUUAGGUUGCUAUCGUCACCUCAUGCACAUAUUUGUGAACAAAGUGUUUGGGCCCUUGGAAAUAUAAUAGGUGAUAGUGCACAGCUGAGGGAACUUGUAAUUAAAUCUGGAUUAAUACCAACCUUAUUCGAUAUUAUUAAAUCAGAUUUGCCGAUAUCGUUUCUUAGAAAUAUAGCCUGGUGUAUAUCAAAUAUUUGCAGGAAUAAAAAUCCUAUGCCCGAUCUAAACAUAGUGUACAUGUGUAUGCCUUACGUUUCACAAUUUCUGCACCAUUCAGACAAAGAACUGAUAAGAGAUUCUUGUUGGGCUUUAUCUUAUAUAACGGAUAGUCAAAAUGAUCGAAUACAACUCGUGAUAGAAGCUGGCUUGUUGAAUCGUCUAUCCUUACUUUUAGGGCAUUCUGAUAAUUCUAUCUUGGUUCCAGCUCUCAGAACCAUAGGAAACAUCGUCACUGGAACUCAUCAACAAACUCAAGCGGUAAUUAAUAGCACAGCCAUGUCAAUGUUUCCAGCGUUGUUGAAAAACAAAAGUAAAAGUAUAAUCAAAGAAACAGCUUGGACUUUGUCUAAUAUUGCGGCCGGAAAUAAAGAUCAAAUUGAACAAAUAUUUAAUAUGCAACUGGUUCAACCCAUGAUUGACAUUAUGAAUAAAGGCAGUGGAUUCAUAUGCCAAAGAGAAGCAGCUUGGGUGAUAGCUAAUAUUGGAAUCAGUGGUCAUAACGAGUUUCUUUUCAAGUUAAUCGAGAUGAAAGAAAGUCUUAUGCCAGCUAUUUCCUCAUUUUUCACACUCAACAACGACCCCAAACUUGUUUAUGCGUUACUGCAGACCACCUCGUUUAUGCUCAAAGCGUCAGAAGGGAUUAAUAAAUUGGAAGAACUUUUGAUAACGAUAGAAAGUUGUGAAGGCUUGGAUAAAUUAGAGCAACUACAAAGUCAUCCUAAUAAAUCCGUCUACGAAAUAUCUUGUCAAAUCAUUGAAAACUAUUUUGGAGUUGAGGAAGAAGAAGAUGACCUGAAUCAAGCUGACAAAACUGAAUUUUGUUUUGACAUUCCAUCAACAUCCUAUCAAAUUCCUUCCAGCAAUUCGACUCAACCAGGAUUUUUAUUUUGAGAUUAUUAGAUUGAUUAUAUGUAUAGAUUGAAUGUAGUAAUAUUUUUUACAAAAAAAUAUGUGAUAUAUUUUUUAUGAUUUAUUUUUUUUAAACUCCAAUAUUUUUUAGAUUUUAAUACUGUUUCUAAAUAGUUAGAUACAAAUAUAAUUAUAUCAUAAUUUUUUAUUUACUUUGAUUAUUAAUUUUAUUUUCCAAAGAAUAUAUAAAUUAAAUGAAUAUCGAUAUUGAUAAUGUGAAGCAUAUUUUGCAUUGAAGAUAAUAUUUAUUAACUAAACACUGUUUAAUACUAUAU